CAUUCAUUUAACUUCAUUUCUAUUUUCCCUUAUCUUUAUCUCUUUCACUUCGUUCUUCUUCUAUCCACUAAGAAGAAGAAGAACCAAAGGAAAACAAAAAAUGGCUUCCGUAACAUUAAUUGGUGCUUCCUCCACAUACAAGCUUCCUCCUCUCGAACAAUUCAAAAAGCACAAACCAACUUCAUCCGUUAGAUUCCAUUCUUUCGACGGCAACAAGUCCCGCCACGUCAGCAACAACCUCCUCACACAUAACAACUCCUCUGAUAGGUUUCUUCCUUCCGCGGUUGCUACUCCCAACUCCUCAUCUUCUUCACUCCUCAGUGAUGACGCAUUCCAAGGAAUAGGCUUCGACGAAGACGAUGAGUUCCCUUCCCAAACUGUUUCUGCCGACGAACUUGACAUUUCCAAACUCAACUUGCCUUCGCGUCUCGUCGAUUCACUCCGCAACCGUGGUAUUACCGAACUUUUUCCCAUUCAGAGAGCCGUGUUAGUACCUGCACUACAAGGUAGAGAUAUAAUCGCUCGUGCUAAGACUGGGACAGGGAAAACAUUGGCGUUUGGAAUUCCUAUUAUUAAUGGCCUCAAUGAUGAUGGUGAUUCAGGUUCUUACAGGCGUCUUCCUAGAGCUUUGGUCCUUGCACCGACAAGGGAGUUAGCAAAGCAAGUAGAGAAAGAGAUAAAAGAAUCUGCACCUUAUCUCAAAACGGUUUGUGUUUAUGGAGGUGUUUCUUAUGUUACUCAGCAGAGUGCACUUUCGCGUGGUGUUGAUGUAGUUGUUGGAACUCCCGGUAGACUGAUUGACCUUAUAAAUGGGAACACGCUUAAGUUGAGUGAAGUUGAGUAUUUGGUACUCGAUGAAGCUGAUCAGAUGCUUGCUGUUGGGUUUGAGGAGGAUGUGGAAGUCAUUUUAGAGAAGCUUCCACCAAAGAGACAGAGCAUGCUUUUUUCUGCAACCAUGCCUACUUGGGUGAAGAAAUUGGCCAGGAAGUAUUUGAACAAUCCGUUGACAAUUGAUUUGGUUGGCGAUGAAGAAGAAAAGCUCGCUGAAGGGAUAAAACUUUAUGCUAUAUCAGCCACUUCCACUUCAAAACGAACAAUUCUUUCCGAUCUUAUUACUGUUUAUGCGAAGGGUGGGAAGACUAUAGUUUUUACGCAGACAAAAAGAGAUGCUGAUGAAGUGUCAUUAGCAUUAACAAAUAGUAUCACUUCUGAAGCACUGCAUGGCGAUAUAUCUCAGCACCAGAGAGAGAGAACAUUGAAUGGUUUCAGGCAAGGAAAAUUUACAGUGCUUGUUGCUACCGAUGUUGCAUCUCGUGGACUUGAUAUUCCCAAUGUCGAUUUGAUUAUCCAUUACGAGCUUCCCAAUGAUCCCGAGACUUUUGUACAUCGUUCUGGUCGUACUGGACGCGCAGGAAAGCUAGGUUCUGCCAUUCUGAUGUACACAGGUAGCCAGAGAAGAACAGUUAGAUCCCUUGAGCGUGAUGUAGGAUGCAAAUUUGAAUUUGUUAACGCACCGUCUAUGGAAGAUGUUUUGGAGGCAUCUGCUCAGCAAGUUGUUGCCACACUUAAUGUAGUCCAUCCCGAGUCUAUUGCAUUUUUCACCCCAACUGCACAAAAGCUGAUUGAAGAAAAAGGAACACCUGCCCUUGCAGCUGCACUGGCACAACUUAGUGGAUUCGCCCAACCUCCGUCUUCCAGGUCUCUUAUCACCCAUGAACAGGGAUGGGUUACAUUGCAACUAACUCGAGACUCAGAAAAUUCUCAAAGAUAUUUUUCAGCAAGAUCAGUCACCGGUUUUCUUUCUGAUGUAUAUUCCAAAGCUGCCGAUGAAGUUGGAAAGAUACAUUUAAUUGCAGAUGAAAGGGUUCAAGGAGCCGUUUUUGAUCUUCCAGAGGACAUUGCUAAAGAGUUACUCAAUAAGGACAUACCAGCUGGAAACACUAUUUCCAAAGUCGCCAAGUUACCUCCUUUACAAGAUGAUGGGCCUGCAAGUGACUUCUAUGGGAAGUUUUCCGAUAGAGAACGAAGUAACCGAAGAAAUCCUAGGGAUGGGAGAGGAGGUUUUAGAUCUUCACGAGGAUGGGAUGGAGGCCGAGGCUCUGAUGAUGAGUUUGGCGACUCAUCUAGGAGGGGUGGCAGAAGUUAUAAUAGAUCUGGCAGCAGCUGGUCCAAACCAGAAAGAAGUGGUAGGGAUGAUUGGCUAAUUGGAGGCAGACGAACAAGCAGGUCUCCAUCAUCAUCGGACAGAAGUUUUGGCGGUGCCUGUUUUAAUUGUGGGGAGUCUGGGCAUAGAGCGUCGGAUUGUCCAAACAAGCGAGGCGGCUUUUAAUAAUCCCCUAAGAAGGCACUGCUUUGUCCAAAGACGUGAGCUGCUGACGCUGUUGGCCUAUUGGGGUCGGGAAAAUUCAAAGAUGCAUCCCUAAAUAAUUAAAGAACUGAUAUUUAUUUGCAUCUCACUUGUUGGCGGAAUCUACGUAGCCGUCUCCUUUCCCAGUCCUUGUGUGUUUCGUCAGUUUUGAUGUAGAAUUUAGUAGUAUUCGACAAGAAGGGUAGGGGGGAGGGUGGUUGUAUGGUCUUAUAUUCUUCUUCACCAUGUUAUGUAAUAUCUUUUUGAACCUUAGUGGUUUUAGAAACAGAUAGACAGGAAUACCUUUACAUGAAUGCAACAUUGAAGUUCUUGUUAGUUUCCAACCCAUUCUUAUGCUAAUGUUAUUUGGGUCUUUCAAUCUAAA